AAAGAAUCAAACACGGGGUUCACGGCACCUUAUCACAUUUAUCUCGUGCAUAUUGCACAACACAAUUAUUAUUCUAUUUAUCACUAUUUUCCCCAUCAUAAUAAUAUUCACUUCCUUUUUUUCUCUUUCUCUCCCUCUUUUUUCUCUCUCGAAUCAAAAUCAAAUCAAUAUCUCCAUUACGAAUCCUUUGCAAUUGAUCAUGUCGGGAUCACCUGCUGUUGAAAUCGAUUUCUUUCGUCUCAAUGCUGAAUCAUUAUCCGCUCCGAAGAAGCUUUCUGAUCGUCGUGACAUCCAAGGCGUGAUAUCGAAGAUCAAUCCGGCGCUUCUGAAGACUGCGAUUGCUUCCGCAUCUGCUAACAUGAGUUUUGUGGGGAGCAAGUCAGGUUCAUCUCCUCAGCAAUCUGAAACUCUGCCGGUUUUUAAUCAGGAUUGUAGCAGUGUUAAUAUGGCUAGAUGUGGCGCUCCUUUGACGAUCUUCUACAACGGAAUAGUUUCUGUUUUCGACGUUUCUCCUAUUCAGGCGGAGAAUAUCAUGAAGCUUGCUGAGAGUGGAAGUUUAGGUUAUAAGACUGUUGUUGAACCAACACCUGUGAAGCCUACUACUGUUAGCAACCAAAAUCCGGCGGUAGGCGGAGCACUCAACAAAGAUCUGCCAUUAUCACGGAAGAAAUCGUUGAGGAGGUUUCUGGAAAAGCGCAAAGAAAGGCAGGUGUCGGCAUCUCCAUACGCGUAUUCACGAGAAAAUGCUUCUUUACAUUGAAGAAAAGGCCGAAAGAGAAGAUAUAUAGAAAUACAAAUAUACAAAGACUUUAAUUAUAUGAACUUUUUUU